AUGUCCGACGACGACGCUAAAAAGCAGUCAUACAAGAUCCGCGGAACCCUUCGAAAGUGGACGCGGCUGUUCUGCGUCCUCAAGCCGGGCGUGUUCCUGCUUUACAACAGCCAGAAGACUACCAAGUAUGGUCAUUGGAUCGGCACCGUGCUACUGAGCUGCUGCGAAUUGAUCGAAAGACCGUCGAAGAAAGGCGGAUUCUGCUUCAAGCUGUUCCAUCCGCUCAGUCAAUCCAUAUGGGCGUCACGCGGCCCCAUGGGCGAAUCUUUCGGUGCCGUCGUGCAGCCUCUGCCCACAAGCUAUCUGAUAUGCAGAACUUGUACCGAAGAAGCAGGUGGGUUGUAG